AUGGAGCCUCAAAGGAGAGUGUACAUAUCUCUCCCUAAAAAACACAGGACCGCUUUGGCCAAAAAGUACAAACUGGAUCACGGGCUUGUCAUUAAGGAUCUCAGCACUAACAUAAAUGAAGGAUACCUACAAGCUUACUUCCGACAGUGGGGCAGCAUUACAGCAUGCACGAUCAAGAAAACUCCACAGAACUCUGACUCAAAGAGUGCCAGUGCGUUGGGAUACGUGAGUUUUUCCUCUGAGGAGGAGGCAGAUACGGCAGACUGGGCGGGUCCUCACUAUAUAGGAGGCAUGGAAGUGGAGGCCAAGAGAGUUGUCAGUCUGAAGAUGGAUGACCCAGAAGGUUGA